AUGAAUCCUAAGCGAUGUAAUACUUCGCCCGGGUCUUCCACAUCGCGGAAAAUACACCGAACGCGUAUUGGUUGCAAUAAAUCAGACGACAUCAUAGAAUCAUGGCUAUGUGAAGAAUCAGAGGAAUCAUCGGCAGGUGAAGAAGAUUGCAUACAAUCAGAUCGCGGAAAUUCUUCAUCAGAAGAAGAUGAAAAAAAUGAAGAGAUUAGUUUACCAACACCAGUAGAUUCUCAUGUCUCCGACUCCUCUGAUGAUGACAUUCCAUUGUCACGUUUACUAAGUCGAGCUGACCCUCUAGAAAGAGAAACUAUCAGCCAGGUAAAUGAACCUGAGACUGAGACUUGUAAUGACAAAUCACGUCGCCAAAAAUAUUUCUAUGGUAAAAGACGAUGCAUGAAGUGGUCCGUAGAAGGGCCAUCAAGAAGCACUCGAACUCCUGCGCACAACAUUGUAGUUCCAUUGACCGCAACUGACAUUCCAUCUGACAGCUCUUUGUCUCAAUUAUUUGGAUUGCUGAUAUCUGAGAGUAUCAAAACUAAAGUUAUAAACUUUACUAAUCAAAGAUUGGAAGUGACAAGAGAAAAAUAUAAACGCCAGAAUAAACCUGAACUGAAAGACAUUGAUCCUUUGGAGUUUGAUGCGUUCAUUGGUCUGCUGAUGUUUAGUGCAGUGUUCAAAUCAAAUGAUGAAGACCUAAAUGCAUUGUUUGCGACGGACGGAACCGGGAGAGAUAUUGUUAGAGGAGUUAUGUCUAAAGAGCGGUUUGCAAUGAUUAUCCUAUGUUUGAGGUUUGAUGAUGCGUCUAGUAGAGACCAAAGAAAACGGAAAGACGUCGCUGCUGCUAUUUCGGACAUAUUUCGCGAAUUUAUAGGAAAUUGUCAAAAGUACUAUAAAAUUGGGGAAACUACAACAAUUGACGAAAUGCUAGUAUCUUUUAGAGGAAGAUGUAGAUGGAAGAAAUACAUGCCUAACAAGCCGUGUAAGUAUGGUUUGGAAAUAAAAUGUCUGACUGUUGGUGCUACUAGCUAUUUAUACAAUGCGUACCUAUAUACAGGAAAGAACAGUGACGGAAACGGGCUAACACAUGAAGAAAGGAAGUUAUUAGUGCCAACGCAGUGUGUCUUGCGUUUGGCAAAACCGAUAAUGACAACCAAUCGAAAUAUCACUGCAGAUAACUAUUUUUCGUCAAUUGAAGUCUGCAUAGAACUGAGAAUAAAUGGCUUGACUUACGUUGGAACCCUAAAAAAAAAAAAUAAAAGAGAAAUACCAUCCGAAUUUCUUGAUAAAAAACGACAAGUUCAUUCAACUAUGUAUGGUUUUACAAAAGAACUUACUCUGCUAUCUUAUGUUCCAAAAAAGAAGAAGACUGUCACAAUGAUCUCAUCAAUGCACCAUGAAGGGAGCUUUGACUCUACUAAAGGGAUCCCCGAAAUAAUUUCAUUCUAUAACGCAACAAAAGGGGGUGUGGAUUCUCUAGACGAAAAGUGUGCAAAAUACACUUGUAGUAGAAGGUCUAGACGAUUUCCACUAGUCAUAUUCUACAGGAUUUUGGAUAUUGCUGCUGCCAAUUCUUUCAUAAUAUGUAAUUAUGACAAAUCGAAACGUAUGGAAUUCAUGAAAGACCUAGGAAGACGAUUAGUAACUCCACCCAUAGAGCGACGAUAUGAAAUACCACAGCUUUCUCACGAGCUCAAGAGUCUUAUAGGACGUAUUUUGGGGAAAGAUAAGCCUACUGAAUUAAAUCAACAAAGCACUGAAAUCCUAAAGUUUGAGAUUUUGAAGAAUUGUUACAUGUGUUUCAAGCAAAAACAACGUGGAAGCCAUUACGGGCGUACAAUGUGCGGUCAGCCGAUCUGCUUGCAGUGUUCAAAACCCACCUGUAACAACUGCCGUUAA